AAACAAAACACACCCCAUUACCACCUUGGAUUGUGCAUAAUUCACGGCUCAAACUGUCAACCAACCAUUUCAAUUACCAAUCACCAAAUUCCCUCAUAUAUAUAUAUAUAUAUACACACCCAUAUCUUUCUUUGCUUGAAUUCUUUCUUCUCUCUCAUUUUGUCUUCUAUGGACGAAGAAGUAGUGGCCUUUCUCUUGCUUUUUGUAAGGUUCUCUUGAAUUCCUAGCAGUUGAUGGCAACACAAAGGAAAGAGUCUGUUCCUGCUACUGGGAAGGAAAAGAGAGGCAAAUCUCCUUCGUAUCCGCCACACAGUGACAGUCCCAGGAAUAAAAGAAAUCCGAAUGCACUACACACCACCACCCCUCCUCUUGAUCAUAAUAAACCUGUUUCAAGCUCAACCCCACCGGAGAGGCAUGUUCGUAACUACUUGAGACCUACCAUAAACUCUCGUCUUGAUCUGAAUUCUACUAUAGAUGCCACCAAACAAGCCUCCAAUAGCCCCACUCUCAAUAGAAGAAGAUCAUUUGACAAACCCCCAUCACCUACUCCACAAAGAGCACAUACUAGUACUAUUGGCAACAAUUCCACAGAGAGAAAUCUCAAAUCUUCAUCAGUUUUAACAAAAACCCAAUCUUUACCAAAAUCCCAUCUUGAGAAGCCAUCUUCUGCAAAAACCCAUCAAGAGAGGACGUUGAAAUCGCUUAAAGAGGCUGGAAAAUCUCACUCGUUGCAUUCAAGAAUACCCAACAGUAGUGUCAAGAAGAGCACAAACACCGGUGUAAAUAAGAAGCAAAACAGAAAUGCUAUAAGUAGUGAUGCUCCGUCAACAAAAUCUCUUACUGCGCCUGAUAUAGCGGAGAGCACUCAUGUAAUUGAACCAAUUCAAGAAGAUAAAGAAUCGUUGGUCACUGAUGUUGAAGAAGAUAAGGAGGUGAAGGUUGAGAGCGACAACGAAUUGCCAGCUGAAAUUUCUAUACCAGAGGAUAAGAAAGCAAAGAACAAGAACAACCAAAAUGUAAGUCUCCAGCCUAGUGAGCCAUUGACAGUUUUAGAAGAUCAAAAUGAGGCUAUAGAUGUUCAGAAUGAAGAACCUGAAGAUAAACUAGCUGUUGAAACCAGAGAAGAGCACAACAAAGAUGAAAGUAAUAAGAGCCAAACAGAGCCUAAAGUAGAGGGUGAGGAGGGGGAAAAAGGAGAAGAGAGUGAAAAUGAGAAUGAAGGAAACCAAACAGUGGGAAAGGGGAGUGAAUUGGGAGAUGUUGGUACAGAAACAAAAGCAGAGGAGGCGAAGAAUGUGACCGAAAGUUCCAAUGCAAGGCAAGGAGGACAAGGGAAGAAGGAUACACAAGCAUACAAUGAUGUGAUUGAGGAAACAGCAAGCAAGCUUUUGGAGAAGAGGAAGAACAAGGUAAAAGCACUGGUUGGGGCCUUUGAAACUGUCAUAUCCUUGCAAGAGCCUGAGGCUUGGUGAUUCCAUUUUAUUCAACGCCAACACAUAACCAACCAUGUAGAGUAAUUUGAGUGAUUUUUUUUUUUAAAUGAUUGAUUUCAUAAUCAAGACUGUUUUUUAGUGUGAAUAAUUUUGUGUGUGAAGAGUUAUUGCCAUUUUUUACUUGUUAAUAAUUUGGGUUGAACAGAUUAUGUCACUCUCAAUCCUUAAAUUUGUAUAACUUUUUUUUUUGUAUAGUAUUACUUAUAUUUUAAUUUCGUUAAUUU